AUGAUUAAGCCAAAAAUGAUAGAAAAUGAAAAAGAUUUUCAUUGUUCUAAAGGACAUUAGCUACCAGUUGUUACAAUUGCAGUUGAUCCAUAGUUAUCAAGGAAUUAGAGACUCUUGUGCACAGAAUGCUUAGAAGAUACAGACAUGGAUUUCAAAGUGGUUGGAUUGAGAAAAAUUAUUUCAUUAAUUGAAGAAAAUUAGGUCAAGAAGAUAGAAAGAGUAGAAAAUAUAAUAAAGAAUUCUAUAUAAACAAUUGAAUCAUUACAUGGUAUUAUUGAUUAAAUGAAAUCAUUUAUAAUACAAUAAUUUAACUCAUUGAUUACUAUAAUGAUGGAAUGGAUUCAGAAUCUUAAAUAAUAAGGAUCAUUAUAUUCUUAAUAUAGCUUUUAUGAGGAAUUAGAAGUUAUUAUUUUAAAGUAAAAUAAAACUAAUACAAACUAAUAAAUAUUAUUACAAGAAAUUUAGAAAACUAAUCACUGUUGGUCUUCCAAAUUGAAUCCUAAAUUAGAAUACUUUAAUUAAUUAGUCGAAUAUAAUAAAUGUAAAGAGCUAUUGUCGAAUUUAGAAUUUGGUUCUAAUACAUUUACUCAAGUUGAACAGUAACCUUAAAUAAAAAUAGAGUUGUAAUAAUAAAAAAAUCUAUAAAAUAUUUUAUAUGAAAGUGAAAUCAAAUUAAAAUUAAUUGAUUAAUCUGUUAAAUAAAAUGAUAGAUGUAAUGCAAUAGUUUUUGAUUCUUGUGGAUAAAUUAUGGUAUCAACAGAAAAUAAUGAUAUAAAAAUAUGGAAGUUUCUAAAUGGAAAAAUUGAAUAAAUUAAAAUAUUGUAAGGACACACAAAUUCGAUCUAAUGUUUAGUCUACAGUAAGAAAUAGAAUUCCUUUAUUUCAGGUGCUAAUGAUAAUUCAAUAAGAUGUUGGAAAUAAUUGGACUCAUCUGAUUGGAUCACUUCAGAACCUUAUAAAGAACAUACACAUUGUGUAAAUUGUAUUAUAUUGAAUUCCAACGAAGAUUUACUUUUUUCUGGAAGUGAUGAUAAAUCAAUUAAAGUAUGGAAGGUUGAUUUUAAUUAAAAUAUAUUAACAUACAUGUAUUCAUUAGAUAAACAUAAUAAUAUAAUUAUAGCAUUAAGUUUAAAUGAAUCAGAAACAUAAUUAGUAUCAUGUGCAAAAGAUAAGAAUUAGAUUAUAAUUUGGGAAAGAAGAGAAUAAGAUAAGUUUGAAUUCAAAUAUUUUGUUAAAUAAUCAAUUUUAGAUUAAGGAAAAAAGGUGAAGUUUAUAAAAAAUAAUUAAUUUAUUUGGGUAACUGGGGGAAAAGAAAUAGAUAAACUUUGCAUAUUUGAAUUAAAAGAAGGAGUAUUUUAAGAAAAUUAGGAUAAGACUAUUCAAUUAAUUGCAAAUAAUUAAAUAUUUGAUGAAUAUCGAUUUUCAAUAGUUUAUAAUAAGGAGAGAAAUUUGAUGGUAGUAAGACAUAAAACUUAUAUUUAUAUCAUUACAGAAAUUAAUGAUGGGAAAUUCAAAAUAGUUGAUUAAUUGAAUUGUGAUACAUACGAUGUUUACGGGACUAUCACAAAUAAUGGACAAUAUUUAGUCUAUUUUGAUAAUAAAAAGAAAGGAUAUUCAACAUAUGAAUUAUUAAAUAAAUGA